GUCAGCAGCAGCAGCAGUAGCAGCACUACAGAGAGACAAGUCGCUGCUGCCUGCACUGAGCACAGACAACGCAGGGGAACAAGUGAGCAGCAGCAGCAUUAAGCACGCAUAGAAGCAAACUGAGCCACAGGGGGUCAUUCAGCUGGGGUAGAGGAGUCACCUCUGGCUGCCUAAAAGUUGGGGAGGGGGGGUCCUAUUCCCCCUGUCCCCACCAUUGUUUGCGCUUAUGUCUGUAGCCUGUGAAUGCUGCUCUCUUUUGAUGUUGGGCUGAGAUGUGCGCAUGCGCAGCACUUUAGAAUUACUGCACUGGCCAGAAUAAGUUGGAUGUCUUCUGCUCUUCACUGGAAAGCCUAAAAUUCCCAUCAGAACCUAAAGGGAUGCUGAGGAUACAGAAAAAGGGUUACCUGGGGAUCUGGUCAUUCCCUGUCCUGAUUACAAUGGUCUGUACGCAAAGUGUCAACGAUCCCAGCAAUAUGACACUGGUUAAGGAGACGGUGGAUAGACUGCUGAAAGGCUAUGACAUUCGUCUGAGGCCGGAUUUCGGAGGUGACCCUGUGGCAGUGGGUAUGAAUAUCGACAUUGCCAGCAUAGACAUGGUAUCAGAAGUCAACAUGGACUAUACCCUGACAAUGUACUUUCAGCAAGCGUGGAGGGAUAAAAGACUUUCUUAUUCAGUGAUUCCUUUAAAUUUGACCUUGGACAACAGAGUAGCAGAUCAGCUCUGGGUUCCUGAUACAUACUUCCUGAAUGACAAGAAGUCUUUUGUCCAUGGAGUUACAGUGAAGAACAGAAUGAUCCGUCUGCAUCCUGAUGGUACCGUGCUUUAUGGUCUCAGGAUCACGACAACUGCUGCUUGUAUGAUGGACCUCAGAAGGUAUCCGCUAGAUGAGCAAAACUGCACCCUAGAAAUUGAAAGCUACGGAUAUACUACAGAUGACAUUGGAUUCUACUGGCGUGGUGGGAAUAAUGCUGUUACAGGAGUGGAGAGGCUUGAACUGCCACAAUUCUCAAUCAUAGAUUACAACCUUCUUUCAAGGAAUGUGGUUUUCUCAACAGGAUCUUAUCCAAGGUUAUCUCUCAGUUUUAAGUUGAGGAGGAACAUUGGCUACUUCAUCUUGCAGACAUACAUGCCCUCAAUAUUGAUCACAAUUCUUUCGUGGGUUUCUUUUUGGAUUAACUAUGAUGCAUCAGCUGCUCGAGUUGCUUUGGGAAUCACAACUGUUCUGACCAUGACAACCAUUAACACACAUUUACGAGAAACUCUACCCAAAAUCCCAUAUGUGAAAGCUAUCGAUAUGUAUCUUAUGGGCUGCUUUGUGUUUGUUUUCAUGGCUUUAUUGGAGUAUGCUUUGGUCAACUACAUAUUUUUUGGCAGAGGACCGCAACGGCAAAAGAGAGCAGCAGAAAGGGCUGCACAUGCCAAUAAUGAGCAGAUGCGAAUGGAACUUAAUAAGAUGGACCCCCAUGAAAAUAUCCUAUUAAGCACACUUGAGAUAAAAAAUGAAAUGGCAGCAUCCGAAGCAGUAAUGGGGCUUGGGGAUCCACGGAGCACUAUGUUGGCUUAUGAUACUUCAAGUAUUCAGUACCGCAAAGCCGGGUUACCCAGACACAGCUAUGGACGGAAUGCCUUAGAACGACACGUUGUUCAAAAAAAGAGCAGACUACGAAGACGCGCAUCCCAGCUUAAAAUUAAUAUUCCUGACUUGACUGAUGUAAAUGCCAUAGACAGAUGGUCACGCAUGAUCUUUCCAGUGGUUUUUUCAUUCUUCAACAUUGUCUACUGGCUCUAUUAUGUGAAUUAAAGACUAAAAGCCAUACAGGAGACAAGAACUGGAUUUCCAUUCAGUUUGUGUUUAACCAGAAGUGGGGCUUAGACAAAAAAUAUUCAGGACACAAGCUAUUUUAAAACACCUUAGUUGCUGGCACAUUCCACUGUGUAUAUUUAAAACUGGUUUUAUUCUAUACCGAGUAAGUAUAUCACUACUCCUUCUACUUUAUAAUAAUGAGUUACUUUUAUAAACAUAUUCAAGUUUUUCCUUCUGUAGAGGCAAGUUCAUUUUAAGCAAAAUGCAAAGCUUCCCCAUAGGUUCGCAGAAGUUUCUCCAGGCACAUUAACAGUGCACUUUCGAAUGUGCUUAUUAUUAAACAUUAAAUGCAUUAGUCAAUAAUCUGGAACAUUUUGAGAAAUCCAUCUGUUUCAAAGGUAAAACACAAUCUUUUAUAGCAUCCAUGGCACUUGGUUGUUAAAGUUUUAUCAGUUCCAAAAGAGAAUAUGUCAGUGGUGAUAACCAAUAUUUCUAUCAUUGUUUUACAGUAGGUAAUACAUACACAUGGUGGCUAUAAGACUAGGGAAUGAAGUGUAGCUUUAAUCAAUUUUCACAUUUGUAAAAUGUAAAGAUCUGUAAUUAAUAGUUGGGGGAAGGCAUUUUUGUAGGGGAUCUGAGAGGAGAAGAGAAAUCCCUUCUGCAGUAGAAUUAAUUGAGCUCAGCAUAGAGGAGAGCAUAUGACCCUUAGAAAACACCCUUGCCAUAUAAAAAUCAACCUGCACAGCUCAAAAGUCUUGGGGAGCUUAUGGCAAACUUUACUGUAAGAAAUGCUAGUAGAGUAGAGUAACACAAAUAAAAAA